CAUUUUGACUGAGCUCGGAUUUCAGUGAUCUCUUUAUAGCAUCUUUUUCAUUCUAUUUAUCCGUUUUCACACAAACUGAAUCAAAGCAGGAGGCGUUCCUAUAGACAGGGCAAAUUUUGCGAAUUGAUUGGUUCUACCGAGCAGUAAGUGGGAGUUUUUUUGUAACGGAAAGUGCUCUGCAGUGUAGAGUGAGUCUUUUGUUGAGAAGGGUCUCUCUCUCUCUCUCUCUCUCCCUCUCUCAGAGUGAGUCAUGCAUGUUCAGGGAUCUGCCAGGAUGCGGGGAGAGAGAGAGACAUCUCUUCACUAGAGAUCUGUCUCUCUCUCUGCCAUCUCUGGCCCUCUGUAGAGGAGUGACCUCGCGCUGCUUUUCUCUCAUCGUCCUCUGUCUCCAUGGAUUCGGCGUUUUGUGGUUUAUUUUUGGCCCCCGAGUUGCUGCUGCGUGGCGUCGGAUUUUCCUGACGACCACCCGCUCCCUUUCUUCAAACCCCUUCGAGGACGCUUUCUCAGCUCCAGCAUGCAAAAGAUGUGGACGGUCAGCUGGGAGUUGGAUGUGUCCGUUCGUGUGUAGGCUGGCAUACCGAGGGGAAUGCUUCACCGUGCUAAAUACAACCGAUUCCGGAAUGAGUCAGUUACGUCCGUCGAUGAGCUUCUGCACGGUCUCUCCAUGAACGCCAAGGUCUCGGCCGUCCCGCCGCCGCCGCCGCCCGUGGGCGACCCUCCGUACGCCCCUCCAGCCGACCCCGAACCCUCGGAAGAGUCGGGAACCUUGUGCACCCUCAUCAACAAAGUCUCCAACCUGAAAUUCGCCAACUCCUCCGGUCUGCUGGGCAUCAAGGGCCUGCCGUCUGCCGUGAAGGACCUGGCCGUGUCCAAACUCCAGGGAGGAGCAUCAGGAGGCGGAUCCGGCAGCCCAGGCUCGUCUUCAGCGCCUCACGCCCCGCUGGAGCCCGGCUUCGUGAGCUCGGGGAAGAAGUGCAGGAUGGAAGAGUCUCAGCCUGGUGGAGGAGAGGGAUGGAGUCUGGGCGGGACGGGCGGGCUGGUGAACAAGCCGUCUCGUGGAUGGCUGCACUCCAGCGAAAAGAUUUCCGGACCUGGAGUGACGUACGUCGUUAAGUAUUUGGGCUGCAUUGAAGUCCUCCGGUCCAUGAGAUCCCUGGACUUCACCACACGAUCACAAAUCACACGGGAGGCGAUCAGUCUGGUGUGUGAAGCCGUCCCUGGUGCCAAAGGAGCUCUGCGCAAGAGAAAGACUCCCUCGAAACUUCUCUCCAGUAUUUUGGGCAAGAGUAACCUGCAGUUUGCUGGUAUGAGUAUCAAUCUCAACAUCUCCACCAGCAGUUUAAACCUGAUGACACCGGACUCCAAACAGAUAAUAGCCAAUCAUCACAUGCAGUCCAUAUCCUUUGCCUCCGGUGGAGAUCCGGACACGACUGAUUACGUCGCUUAUGUAGCGAAAGAUCCUGUUAACCGGAGAGCAUGUCAUAUUCUGGAGUGCUCCGACGGUCUGGCUCAGGAUGUGAUCAGUACGAUCGGUCAGGCGUUCGACCUGCGCUUUCAGCUCUAUUUGCAGUGUCCAUCCAGCAAACCCUCAUCCAUGCACGACAAGGUUAUGAGUACGGACGAGCCCCCGUGGACAGAGGAAGGGGAGGAGUCCGCCGAUCAUCACUACUACAACAGCAUUCCCGGCAAGAUGCCGCCACCAGGAGGAUUCAUUGAUGCUAGACUGACCAAUCAGACGCAAGACAGCAGCCAGGGCGCUGGAGUCGACCAGACAUACUACCAGGGCCGACCCAUGUUCUUCCAGCAAGGGUCCUGUGACAUAUACAGUCUCCCUGAGGUCAAAGGUCAAGCCCCUAAAGCAGGAGAAGUCCCCACGUAUGUGAACACGCAGCACAUUGACACGCAGGUGUUGGCCGCCCUGCAGGGAGAGUCAGAGGCGGCGUCCGAUUCGGGCACGACCGGGACAGCUAAAGACAGCCCGAGGAAGGACCUCUUUGACAUGAAGCCGUUUGAGGACGCCAUCAUGACUCAGUCUCCAGCUCCUCCAGCCUCAGAACUACAUAAAGCGGCGUCCGUGGAUAACUCCAGUCCGCUGCUGAUGCGAGCGGCCGCCCUGAGAGCUCAAGAGGAGCUGGAGGACCACGCGUGGUAUCACGGCGAGAUGAGCCGGCGCCAGGCUGAGAAACUGCUGCUCCACGACGGAGACUUCCUGGUGCGCAAGAGCGCCACAAACCCGGGGUCAUACGUGCUGACGGGGAUGCACAACGGCCUGGCCAAACACCUGCUGCUGGUCGAUCCAGAGGGAACGGUUCGGACGAAAGAUCACAUAUUCGAGAGCAUAAGCCACCUGAUUGGCCAUCACCGUGACAACAACCUGCCAAUCGUCUCGGCAGGGAGCGAACUGUGUUUGAAGCAGCCGGUCGAAAGAAAACAGUGACGACACGUG